GAGAGCAGCCCGAGCCAGGGGGGGUCCGCCGUCUAGAGAGGCGAUCCUCACCAUGCCCAAAGUCUUCCUGGUGAAGAGGAGGAACCCCGGAGUCUCGGCCCGCAGUUGGGAUGAGCUCCCGGAUGAGAAAAGGGCAGACACCUACAUCCCAGUUAGCUUGGGCUGCCUGCUCCACGAUCCCCCCGAGGACUGUCGCAGCGACGGCGGCAGCAGCAGCAACGGUAGUGGCGGCGGCGGCGGCAGCAGCAGCAGUAGCAGCAGCAGCUCUGGGGAGCCGGGAAGCGCCGAAAGCAGCUUGUCGCCGCGCGCCCCGGAGUGUGAAACCCCCGAGCCCCACCACGCCGUGAGCCCAGAUGGACAUCUGGCGGCGAAGCAGCACCCUGUUGCCAGGUCAAAAAUCAAGUUCACUACAGGCACUUGUGGCGACUCAGUGAUUCACAGCUGUGAGCUGUGUGGCAAGAACUUCCACCUACAGCGCAUGCUCAACCGGCACCUCAAAUGCCACAACCAGGUGAAGAGACACUUGUGCACCUUCUGCGGCAAGGGCUUCAAUGACACCUUUGACCUGAAGAGGCAUGUCCGCACCCACACAGGCAUUCGCCCUUACAAAUGUGACGUCUGCAACAAGGCCUUCACGCAGCGCUGCUCACUGGAAUCCCACCUGAAGAAGAUCCACGGGGUGCAGCAGCAGUAUGCUUACAAGCAGCGCCGGGACAAGCUCUAUGUCUGUGAGGAUUGUGGCUACACGGGCCCUACCCAGGAGGACCUGUACCUGCACGUGAACAGUGCCCAUCCAGGCAGCACGUUUCUCAAAAAGACAUCCAAAAAGCUGGCAGCCCUGUUGCAGAACAAGCUGACUUCUACACACCAGGAGGGAAUCACUCUGAGUGAGGAGGAGGAGAGGAAGUGAGGAUGGGUGGGGGAGUAGAGAUACCAGCCUCUCCAGGUUACACAGAUUUGGGUUGUUAGGUGUUCCUCCCUCCACACCAGCUGUUUUUUAAUGACAAGUGUUCAGUUCUCUCUGGAUGGAAGCUGUAGGAUCCCUUCCCAGGUCUUUAGUUACCCUGCCACAUCCAGCCCCAUACUGUCUGUAAUGUUGAAUUUGGUUGCUUUGACCAAAGUCUGUUUCCUACACUCCUGAUCCGAGAUCUCCAUGUUUUGUGAUUCUUGUUUUAUUUUUUAAUAGAAUUUUCAUACAUGGACAGAGGGGUACUCUUGAAGAGACCAUCAUAUUAUGGUGCCUUGAAAUGCUACUCAAGCCAGGAAAAUGAAUAUAAUGUUGACAGAGUUUACAGAAUUAUUUUAAUAAAUGAAACAUUCAAGUGAGUGAAA